AUGGAGAAAUCACCAAGUACAUCGGAUUCUCCCUCUCCUUUUGGAGUAUUGCAAAACCUACGACCUGAACUUCCAUACCCAAAUGCUGCACUAUCUUAUUGGCAUCGCACAACACGUGGAUUUCCUUAUCUCAGAGCAAAUGAAACCGGUCCGCUGCCGACCACCAUGCCCUACGCCAUCAUCGGAUCGGGCCUCUCAGGCGCAUUGACAGCGUUCGAGCUUAUUCAAGCGGGCGUUAGACCUGAUGAAAUUCUGAUUCUGGAAGCCAGAGAAGCUGUCUCUGGCUCAACCGGCCGCAAUGCAGGCCAUGUCCGUCCUGAUGCUUGCAGUGGGUUCAACGAUUAUGCUGCUAUCCACGGAACAGACGAGGCUCUACAUAUCGUCAACAACGAGCGAGUUGUUCUAACUUCCGUUCAACAAUUUGUCCAAAAGCACAACAUCGAUUGCGAUUUCCAACCCAAGCAAACUUUCGAUGUUUGUCUUACUCGAGAAAUUGCACAGGACGAGAUGGACAACGUCGAACAGUAUGCCAAUGCUGGCGGCAGCUUGGACCAUAUCAAAUUACAUGAAGGCGAUGCUGCGAAAUUCCGGACUGGCGUGCGCGAUGCUCUGACUGCAUGGGAGUGGCCAGCGGCCUCGAUCCAUCCUGUGAAACUUGCGCAGUGGUUACUCACCGACUCCAUAGAGAAAGGCUGCAGACUGUACACCAACUGUCCAGUCAGCCAAGUCACUCGAGGAGAAAACGACAAAUGGAAUAUUCACACAGAUCGAGGAGUCGUGGCUGCAGGCAGAGUCAUACAUUGUACCAACGCAUAUGCAGGAGCUCUACUUCCUCAGCUGUCAGCAAUGCUUCUCACCCCAAUCAAAGUACAGAUGCACUCACUGAUCCCGACUCAAGCUUUCUCAGGCAGCAAUGUCUUGAAGACCUCAAUGGCUCUCAGAUAUGAAAAGCACCGUUAUUAUGCUUUGACUCAAAUGGCGGUAGAUGGCAUGAUAAUUUUCGGUGUCGCCAAACCCAGCGGGUUUACGUUUGAUGAAACGUCUUACACCGAUGAGUUGGUGAUGGAAGGUCUGGAGAAGUUUGAUUCGUUGUUCCCGAGAGCACACUAUCAGAAGAAGAGGCAUGGAGAAGGCUUGGACCAUGCUUGGUCAGGUCUGAUUGCCAUGACCCCUGACAAGGUGCCCUACAUUGGUGAGAUCGAUGGUUUUGAAGGACAGUUCAUUUGUGCUGGUUUCAACGGACAUGGUAUGGCCCGUAUCUUCAGCUGUGUGCCUGGUUUAGUCAAGCUGGUGCUUGGUGGGUCGUGGCAGGACACGAAGCUUCCCGAGUCUUUUCGUUACAGUCAUGGAAGAUUGAACAAGGCUCUUGCAGGUGAUGGACUCUAG